AUGGAGCUAAAAGCGUCUCCUGGAAGACCAAUAAGCAAGACUUCCAACACUUCGAGCGUUUCCUUUGAUUCAGGGAGUUCAACCUCCAUUGAUGCGCGUAGCCUGAAAGACUAUGAUCCUGAGACAGCAUCUAAUGGACAACAUUCAACCAAUUCUUCAGACUUCGAGAGACAACGAAGGCAAAUAAUUGAGCUUUGGGGAGUGUGCAAUGUACCAUUGGUUCAUAGAACCUACUUCUUCUUGCUCUUCAAAGGCGAUCCUUCUGACUAUGUUUAUAUGGAAGUUGAACUUAGAAGGCUCUCUUUUCUGAAGCAGACGAUGUCUAAUGACAUGGAAGCAUCAAGGAUACAAACAGUGAAGGCGCUCACACGCGAAAAGGAAUGGCUUUCCAAACAAAUACCAAAGAAGUUUCCAUGGAGCCAAAGAAUAGAACUUUACCAAAAAUGGGGUGUGGAGGUGAACUCAAAGCAGAGAAGUCUGCAGGUGGCGCACAAAUUGUGGACCAACACCCAAGACAUGGAACACAUUAAAGAGAGUGCUUCGCUUGUGGCUAAGCUGCUUGGAUUUGUUGAGCCUAGUCGAAUGCCAAAGGAAAUGUUUGGCCUCAGCUUGUUACCUAGAACCGAGAACGUAAAAUCAUCUGGCUGGAGAUUUACCAAAUCCUUCUCUAGAUCACGUUUGACCUGAUGAUAACUAGAGCACGUUUAUUCUACACAAACCAGACAGGAGUCUCCAAACUGAUCCUUAUAUUGUGAAGGGCUUGCAUGUAAGAUAAGUCAAAGUUCCGGACAUAAUUUGUACCUGAUUGCGAAAGAAUUCAUAUUUUAUCACUCAUGUUAUAGAAUAGAUCAAGGAUGAGGAUGUGCCAAUAACGUUACUUUUUUUUUGUGUUCAUUUAUAAACACUAACUUAGAGAGAAAAUUUACAAAACAAAGAGAAUAUUGCAAGCUUAAGAAUGCUAUAUGGCAUAUUAUGAUGCAAGAACAGAGCCCUCAGUGAUUUUCCACCCUGACUUGGACCAGAAGACUUCGUAUCUUGUUGUGUAGGUUCUGACAUCUGUGGCAUUGUUUUCUGGAUGAA